CACAACGGCCCCGCCCACUGCCGGAGGUCUGACUUGCGCCUGCCCAGUCCGGUUGUCCCUGCUUUCUCCUUUACUGUGGUCCGCUGCAGCGAACAGCGUUGUGAAAUUCUGCACGCUCCGCUCCAUAAAUAAAGAGACAUGGCAGAGCAAGGAAUGGUCAGUGUGGUGCAGCAGGACAAGACAGGAAAAGGCAAGCAGGCAGAAAACAAAGGCCACUGUGUGACAUGUCAGCACCACGCACCCAAUGGACAUGGCACAAUGACCGUACCUCCUGCAUACUCAGACUUGGGGAAAUCUGCCAAAGACAUCUUCAACAAGGGCUAUGGCUAUGGUGUUCUCAAGCUGGACGUUAAGACCAAGUCCAGGAGUGGUGUUAUGGAGUUUGCCACCUCUGGCUCCAACAACACCGACACAGGGAAGUCAGGAGGCCACCUGGAGACCAAGUACAAACUGAAUGAACUGGGCCUCAACUUCAACCAGAAAUGGAACACAGACAAUACUCUCACCACAGAAAUCACCAUGGAGGACCAGCUGGCUAAGGGCCUGAAGCUCAGUUUGGACACGUCGUUUGUGCCCAACACCGGCAAGAAGAGUGCCAAACUGAAGACUGGCUACAAGCGUGAUUUUGUCAAUGUGGGCUGCGACCUGGACUUCGACAUGGCAGGUCCCACCGUCCACGCAGCUGCUGUACUGGGCUUCGAGGGCUGGCUGGCUGGCUACCAGUUGGCUUUUGACACUGCCAAAUCUAAACUGACCCAAAACAACUUUGCCCUUGGAUACAAGGCCGGUGACUUCCAGCUUCACACCAACGUUAACGACGGCACAGAGUUUGGUGGCUCCAUUUACCAAAAGGUGAACAGCAACUUGGAGACAGCGAUCCACCUGGCCUGGACAGCUGGCAGCAACAACACACGCUUUGGAAUUGGAGCCAAAUACCAGCUGGAUAAGGAUGCCUCCCUGUCUACCAAAGUUGACAACGCCUGCCUCGUUGGAGUUGGAUACACACAAACCCUCAGGCCAGGAGUGAAGCUCACCCUCUCAGGUCUGAUUGACGGGAAGAACGUGAACAGCGGUGGACACAAAGUCGGCAUGGGUUUCGAGCUGGAGGCGUAAAAAAAAUUCAGCGGGAGGACAGACAAAAAGAGAGGAAAGCAACACAGGAGAAGAAUAAAGAGCCCAAAUGUGGAAACACUGCAAAGGUCCACGUAAACACAUUUUCCCUCUAAGUCCUACACACAUAAGCACACAGAUACACACAUUCUUUGCCUUAACCCUGAAACCCCAUGCAGCCUCCAAGACCUCUAGUACUGUUAAAGGAAUCAAGCAUUAUUUUAUGUUGGUUAUUUUUACAUUUUACAUUAUUUACAGGUCCCUCAACCAACAUUUGAGCAUAUAUUAUCAGAAUACAACAAAAGAACAAGGCAAUUCAUGCAACACCCAUGUUCUCCAAAUAAUGUGCUACUUAUGACCAGUUUGAUCAGACAAAGUGCACUUUUAAUAAAGUAUUUAUGUCUCAGACAUAUCUGUUUUCUUUCAGAAAUUGAUUUGAAGCACCUUUUUAUUUUGACUGUGUGGUCAGAUCAUUUUUGUUCAGAUAUACUCUGGGUUUUAGACAUUAAUAAGAUUAUUAGAGAGUUCUUGUUUUGGUAUAUUGUGGUUUUGUUGCAUGCUUUCAAGGCUAGAGGGAAGUUUUUGACUUUUCGGUGUCACAUUGACAAGUACAGUGACUGUAAAUAGAUGCAAUAAAAGCUGGGGAGAAUUAAGCAGAAAAGACAAAGAGCGGCUGAUCCUUCUCAGACUGAGUGGACUGAUUUUGAUUCCACCAUUUGACCUCAGUAACACAGUUAUAAACUGUGGACCUUCAGUUGCCUAAAUGUCUAUUUUUCAGGUCCUGUUUGGUAAAAGGGCCGAUGGCAAUUUGGAACUCUGUGUCAACUCUUUGUCUUGUCUCGUUUCAUGUCCUGUACCUGUUCAAUCUUUACCACUACAUUUCACUUUAUCUGUGCUGUGCUUUGUAUAGGAGAGUUAGUUGACAGUUAGGACCUCAAACUAAUUUUAUUGAAUUAAUGGAAUAAAGAAUGUUAAACACUA